GUGCGUGAUACAGAUCAUCUGCUAGAAGCUAAAGAUAUCAAAAUCCAUGAAUUACAAAGUCAAAUGGAAACAUGUCGAGAAAAUGAAAUGCGUUUAACAGAUAUUAUUAACAAUCUACGUCAACAGUUACAUGAUGUUCAGAAUAAAGCAGGUUCUAUAGAAUCUAUGGCAGGACGCAGUGAAUACACCGUGGUAGCACUACAACAAGAUAAUGCUGAUAAAAAUGAGAGAAUUUUAGAAUUAGAAGCUAGACUUAGGAAACAACUAGAUGAAAGGGAAAUGGCGGAAGCAUCCUCUAUGGGAGCUGAGAGAAAAUUAAAUGAUUUAUUGUCUAAUAUCAGUAGUUUGUUACGAGCAGAUGAUAUAGACUCUUCCCCUAAUUCUAUAGAUACAGUUGUUAGAAAGUUGACAGAUUUAAUGCAAGAGAAUGCCAUGUUAAAAGGAAAGAUUUUGACUCUAAAUGAAUUAUUGAAUAACACUGAAACUGAAACUAAAGCCAGUCGUGAAACUAUCAUGAGAUUGGUCAGCGAAGUUGGUCGAGAACAAAAAGUAGCCACCAGAUACAGUUCAGAUAUUGAUAACCUCAGACAAGAAAGAGACAAUGCUUUAGCUGCAAGACGUGACAUGGAAAGAGAGGUAGAAGUGGUGAAAGAAAGACUCGAAGCCAACCAGAGGGCGCUUGAUGCAACACGCAAUGAGCUGGAACUCCGUGAAGGCCGAUUGAAUCAUUUAGAUAGAGAAUAUCGUGAAACAACUAACAACACACGCAGCACUACCUCACAGUUUAAUCUAUUUAAAGAACAACUAGCCAAUAUCCUUAGCAACAGUUACACCAAUGUACCACCUUCUGAAGAUCUUAUCAGAGACUCCAUUUUGAAUUUAGCACAGAAUAACAAGGAACUUGUUUUACAAGUAGAAACAUUAGAAAGCAGGGUAAAGAGUUUAGCAGAACAACUUGAUAGUCAGAUUGAUAUGCAGAGAACUCUGGCUCAACGUGCCAAACGGGCUGAAACUGAGGCAGCCGACUUAGAUGAGAAGUUACGUUAUGCUGAAGGUGAUCUGGCAGCUAAUGAUGUCUUACGUGAAGGUUUCAAGACAGACAAAGAAAAGUAUAUGAGAUGUCUACAGAGACUAGGAGAAGCCAUGAGAAUGGAUAAAAUUUCAGCUGAUCUUGGUUUUGACAUGAUGUUGGAAGCUUUGGAAGCUCGUGCAGAUCAAUUGGUACAACGAGAAUCAGAUAAACUAGCCGAUAAAACUAGCGCCACCUAUAAUCUGCAACGUAAAGUGAAAACUCUCCGAGAUCAGUUGGAGAGCAAGGAUCUACAUAUUGAUCUUCUACGUAAAAAGAUGACAAGUUUAGAAGAGAGACUCCACGGUAGAUCAGAAUUAGAACGUGAUCGCGAUGCUGAGUCAAUUCGAAUUAAGAAAUUAGAAAAGGUUAUUUCUAAAUAUAAGUUACAGAUACAAGACUCAAGACAUGAAAUCAACAAUCUGAAGGCUCAACUUCUUGGCUCAGCAGAACUCAGGUCCAGAACAAUAGAUCAACAGAGAGAUGUAGAUGAAUUAGCCAAACAAGUUGAGGAAUUGGAAAUGCUUCGUAAACGUCAAUCUCGUAAAAUUUCGGACUUAAAAGAAGAACUCCAAUACCAGGGCUCUGAUUCUCAGGAGAAACAAGUCGUCACAGAUAAUGCAGUCCACGCUCUCUCUGGUGAACUACGUACAGCAAAAACAGCCCUUACUGCCAUUCAGAACAGAGAAAAACAGUUGUUAGAUUUUCGUAAUGUUGUAUCAAGAAUGCUGGGAUUAGACAUCAACUCACUGGCAGUUCCAGACUACGAGAUCAUUUCACGUUUAGAACUACUCGUCAAGUCUCAUCAUAGUCAGGCCUUUACCAACAUGAACCUUGACGAAGCUCUAGCUGGUGUGGAAGAUGGGUUCCUCAGUGGUUUGGAAGACAACACCAGAAUUGUGAAUGACCAUGUCUUAACACGACCUCGGGACAAAUCUCGACGAAAAUCUGCCAAACUUCGAGGUCGAGCUAGAUCAAUGUCUCCACAAAGACGAGAUCCUCGUCGAUAUUAA